UAAAAGGCCUACUGCUGCCUUAUCAGCAUGGUUUGACUAUUAGCAUAAAUGGCUACAGCUGAAAAAAGUUGUCAAAGUGAGAAGAAAAAAUUGGACAUGGACCUUCCUGCUGCACAGACUCAACAUAUUUCAGCUGAAGAUGAAAUGGCUCAUUCUGCAAUCUCAAUUUCAUCUACACUGUUGCAUGAUAAAACAGCAGCUGGUGACACUGCCUUACGAUCCAUGAUAGAAGAAAAUGCUUUUCAAGCUUUAAAUGAUGGACCCUGGGUAAAAAAAUCACGGCUUGCUCUCAGUGAUGACAGUUCUGUUGAAGACAAUGAUUUUCUAUCCCUCACCUUCCCAAAGAAACUCUGGAAAAUUGUUGAAAGUGAUCAGUUUAAAUCACUGUGGUGGGAUGAUGAUGGUAAUUGUGUAGUGAUUGAUGAAGAGCUUUUCAAAAAGGAGGUCUUGGAAAGGAAAGGACCACUGCGUAUUUUUGAAACUGACUGCAUGAAAAGUUUCAUUCGUCAGCUAAAUCUCUAUGGAUUUAGCAAAAUGAGACAGAGUUUUCAAAGAUCUGCCUCUCUCGUUGAAUUUCUAGCAGAAGAAAAAGCAGCUUAUGCAUUUAGCAAGUUACAGUUCUAUCAUAACCCAAAUUUCAAGAGGGGUUGUCCUCACCUACUUGCAAGGUGCAAGAGAAGAGUUGGGAUAAAAAAUACCCCACCGGUUGCUUUCUCAUUAGAACAGGACUACAGUGAAAGCUGCUUGAAGAGCAGGUCAAGAAGCCCAGAUGGUCAAACUACACUGGGAAAUGCAUCUAGAGAGUACAGCUUCCUUGCAGCUUCUCCAAAGGAUAACAUGCACAAAUCUGGACUCCGAAAACCUACCAUGAGCAAGGGACUUGCUGGCAUAGCAGCCCGGAUGAGAAGUGGAUAUACUCCUUCCUCUCCAGCCCCCUUGAGGCCCUCUGAACAGGCUGCAGCUGAGGACAAUGAUAACAAAGUAAACCAGCUAGCUCCUUUCCAUCUACCCCAGCACACCAACCAUGCUCGUGUCAACACGCAUGAAAUAGACUCCACCACCACCACAUCUGCUACUUCUUUGUAUCAUGUCAUACCUCCUGUACCCAACAGCCCCUUUGCACCAAUGAUGGGGCUGCCAGCCUUCCCAACCAUGUAUCCAGACUUAUCAGCCAUGCAAGCUCAUUGGGCCAGUUUGCUUCCAUUUUGUAACCCAUGGUUCUCUAUGCCUAUGAUAGCAGCUGCUUCUGCCAUUUCCAUGUCACGAUCUUCCCAUCACCGAACUCCUGCAUACCACCAUUGCCCUAAUUGCAACUGUACUUCGAAUACAGCAUCUGCUUCCAAAGGAGUUGGACCCAAAGUGACAGAAUACACUGGUUACCAUCGAUAGAGAAAGCAGUAGACUGCAAAAAUCCCA